UGCGAGUGGCUGCUGAGAUAGAGGAACAUGUGACGCUUUGCUUCUCUCCACUUCCUGUAAAAUUAUGUUAAACAGAAACAGCUACAUGUGAAACAGCGACCAAACCCCAUAUACUCUGAGUCGAGUGAGAAAAUGGAUGACUUCUUGGUCACCUCACAAGGAGUUUCCCCGACUGAAUGAGAUGGCUCCAAAGUGUAUGGGAAAUGUAACAUCCUGAGGAGGUGCCAUGGACACCCUGACUUUCAGUGGAAUACGAUACUUCCCAGAGAGAGAAUUUGACCGAAAAGUGACAAUAAGAGCAGAGAGACAUGAGCACCUACGAGGACGUAACAACGUGACCUCGUGCCGGAGCCCUACGAGAGAUUUAGACACAAGAUCGAUCAAGGAUGAACUUAAAAGAAAGAGGCAUCAAGAGUUUCUAAGGAGGAGAUCGGUGAGCCCAGAGCCAUCCAGUUCCAAGAGAAAAGAACGUUUGUCUGGGAGAGGAUCUUCUUCACUGACGUUUUCAAUUAAGCAUCCCUAUUCAAGCAGCAAGUCUGAGGCAUUGCAUAUGAGAACACAACAUUCUCUGUCUGUGAACGGACGUCCAGCGAUGAUCCUAACACGGGAGAGCAACACAUCUGAUUAUCCAACUACCAGCAAUUGGGCUGCAUUAUGGUCAGACCCAACAACAAAGCAAGUGACAAUUCAAGAAAAGAAGCACUCCUCUACCUCCAGACCGGUUACAAUAGAAUCAAGCCAGCACUGGAUUGAAAGCAUGCAUAAAAGAGAGAGUAUUAUUAAAAUUCAAAAGACCAGCAUCAGAAAAAUCUCCGAGACAGAAGGAAAUCACCAAAGAUUGUCUGUAAAGACUCAAAAUAUUUGUCCACAGACGACUUUUCGGGAAAUGAGCGUGCAGACAGAGUCCGGUCUUGUCAUGGUAAAAGAAGCAGAUAUUCAGAAAUUAUCGGACUAUUUGCAGGAGGCCUUGUGGAGAGAGGAAGCAGUGAAGAAGAAGCUGGUUUCCCUCCAGCAGUGUUCAACAGACCUAAAAGACUCCUCCAACACACUGUGGACAUCUCGCUGCAGCGAAGAUCUGCUGAGAAACAAAAUCAAGACUCUGGAGGCACAGCUACAAGUCUGUCUGCAGAAGUUUCCAAGGGAUGGAGUGAAGAAGGUGGUGCAACAGAUGGAGAAGCACAGAGUGAUGUAUGAGGAAACAGCCUUGCUUGCCCUGCAGCAGGCCACACUGGAGAAGGCUGAGGCCCUCAGCCAGGCUGAGACACUGCAGGAAGCACUAAUUACAGCUAAGGCAGAGGCACUGAGGUGGCAGAGCCUGUAUGAGGAGUUGAGAAUGCGCUCAGGACAACUUCGGGAGAGCCAGCACCUCAGUGACGAACAGCUGCAACAGCUGCACAGUCAAGUCGAGAUGUCCAGGUCCAUAGAGGUCAAACUGAGGGAGGAGGUGGCAUCAUUAAGACAAGAAAAGCAGGACCUUCAGUACAACAUGUGUGUGAUGGAAGAGGACAACCAGACUUUGAGAGAGGAAAUUCAGCUCCUUCGAGAGGGUGGCGAUGGGAGCCAGGAUCUCCUGCAGGAAUUUCUCAGGUCUGAGGAAGCAGAGCCACAAGCGACAGCGAGCAGAGACGGUCGGCUAGGAGAGCAGCUCCGGCACACUCAGGAAAAACUCCAGCUCAAAGAGAAAGAGUGUGAAGAGCUGCAGACGGAGCUGCACACUAUGGAGCAGGAGUGCCAGUCCAGCCAGGCCCGGCUGGCGCAGUGCAGAGACGAACUCCGGCAGCUCAGCCACCGCCGCAGGAGGCCUACAUCGUGUGGCUCCUGGUGGAAGGUGUGUGUGUUCCUCCUCCUAAUCCUCGCUGUGGCAGGGGUCGCCAUGUUGUGGUUGUGGCAUCCUCCUUUUAGGGAGCAAAUUGAAGACCUGUACUCAGAUGUAGAGACCAGAAUUGAAGCCUAUCUCAUGGAAAUGGCUUCUCCUCAAAACUCCGGCUGUUUUAGACCAAUAUGACAAUAAUGUAAUUGCUUAGGAAUAUUGUUGUUGUUUUGUUCCUACAAUUGUAGCCUUUGUUUUGAAAUGUGAUUUUUAUGGUAUGCUUGUUAUAAAUAUUUUUGCAGUUCAUAGGUUUUUAGAUUUGGAACUCAAAGUUUGUGUGAUGUGCUGGGUUGAAGAAGUUCUGUGCUUUUGUGCAGAAAUUUCAGAAGAACGCAGUGGGUCAAGUGCAGUGAGGUUUGAUUGAAAUGUUUGCAAGCUGUUUCCACCUCGCAAGUUAUAUGUUGCGAGUUUAACCAUUAGAAGAAUAGUUAAGUGGCAAAUAUCUUUUGUACUGUAAACAAAUAUUCCAUUCAAAGGCACUUACAUAAAUUGGUAAAUAAUGCAGAAAGUCCUACAUGUCCAAAAACAAAAGACUUGAAAGGGCCUGUCCCAUUAAAAUGGGUAUUCUGUUAUUAUAUUCAAUGUAAAAAAUUCUGAAAAAAACAUUUGGAGUUACUGAGAUGAAGGGGCAACAUUGAAGAACUUUUUAAGCUGUUGUAAUGAUGGACUGAAACAGUCUCUGUUGGAUGUUUAGGGCACUACUUUUGUCGUAAAUUUCUCAAAGGCGUCUCAAAACAGGAGAGGCAUAGUUGUAUAACGACAUGAAUAAAAAAUAUACUGUCAGCCAAUUUACAUGUUUAUUCUUUUAUCAGCUUGGUUAUUUCUGUUUUUCCGGAAAGGCAUUUUUUGCUUUGGCUGGGUAGUAAACAAUAAGCAGAAUAUGAAA